GUGGUGGAGGUAUUGCUGGCUGCCGCUGUUACCUCCGCGGCUGGGCGCCUGGGCUGAGCCCGGGUUUCAGCGGCCACCAUGGACGAACAGGCGGGUCCCGGCGUUUUCUUCAGCAACAACCAUCCGGGCGCCGGCGGUGCUAAGGGUCUCGGGCCUCUCGCCGAGGCUGCGGCGGCCGGCGACGGGGCGACGGCGGCGGGGGCGGCCCGAGCCCAGUACAGCCUCCCCGGGAUCCUGCACUUCCUGCAGCACGAGUGGGCCCGCUUCGAGGUGGAGAGAGCCCAGUGGGAGGUGGAGCGGGCGGAGCUGCAGGCUCAGAUUGCCUUCCUUCAAGGAGAAAGAAAAGGUCAAGAAAACUUGAAGAAGGAUCUUGUCAGGAGGAUCAAAAUGUUGGAAUAUGCUCUUAAACAAGAAAGAGCCAAAUACCACAAAUUGAAAUAUGGGACAGAAUUGAAUCAGGGAGAUAUGAAGCCUCCAAGCUAUGAUUCUGAUGAAGGUAAUGAAACAGAAUUGCAGCCACAACCAAACAGUCAGUUAAUGUGGAAACAAGGACGACAACUACUCAGACAGUAUCUCCAGGAGGUGGGAUACACAGAUACUAUUCUAGAUGUGAAAUCUAAACGAGUGCGAGCUUUGUUGGGCUUUUCAAGUGAUGUCACUGAUAGAGAAGAUGACAAAAAUCAGGACUCAGUUAUAAAUGGCACAGAAGCUGAAGGUAAAGAGACAGCAAUGAUUGGAAAAUCCGAGUUAACAGAUUCUGCCUCUGUGCUGGAUAAUUUCAAAUUCCUUGAAAAUGCAGCUGCAGAUUUCAGUGAUGAAGAUGAAGAUGAUGAUGAGGGAAGAGAUAAAAGUGUCAUUGAUACUUCAACGAUUGUUAGGAAAAAAGCAUUGCCUGAUACCAGUGAAGAUCGGGAAACAAAAGAAGCUCUAAAGGAGUUUGACUUCUUGGCUACAUCAGAGGAAGGAGACAAUGAAUCUAGAAGUGCAGGUGAUGGAACGGACUGGGAAAAGGAAGACCAGUGUCUCAUGCCUGAAGCCUGGAAUGUGGACCAGGGAGUAAUUACCAAACUCAAGGAACAAUACAAAAAGGAGAGAAAGGGGAAAAAAGGGGUGAAGAGAAAAACUACCGAAGAUCUGUUUCAGCCUCUAUCCUAUAUAAAACAGUCAAAACAGGGAUGUGGGAGAAUGAAGAAUCAAAGCUCAGGGCCCAAUAGGUCAAAACUACAAGAUAUGCUUGCUAAUUUGAGAGAUGUUGACGAACUUCCUUCAUUGCAGCCGUCUGUGGGUUCGCCUUCCAGACCGAGCAGCUCCAGGCUACCCGAACAUGAAAUCAGUAGGGCAGAUGAAGUGGAAGCACUGACAUUUCCUCCUUCUUCUGGGAAGUCUUUCAUUAUGGGAGCAGAUGAAGCCCUUGACAGUGAACUGGGACUUGGAGAAUUAGCAGGCCUUACAGUGGCCAAUGAAGCAGAUUCACUAGCUUACGAUAUAGCAAACAAUAAAGAUGCACUGAGGAAGACUUGGAACCCUAAGUUUACAUUAAGAAGUCAUUUUGAUGGCAUUCGAGCCCUUGCUUUCCACCCCAUUGAGCCUGUUUUGAUAACAGCAUCAGAGGAUCAUACACUGAAAAUGUGGAAUUUGCAAAAAACAGCUCCAGCCAAAAAGAGUACUUCUCUUGAUGUAGAACCUAUCUACACAUUCAGGGCUCACAAAGGCCCAGUGCUUUGUGUGGUAAUGAGCAGCAAUGGUGAGCAGUGCUACAGUGGUGGUACUGAUGGACUGAUCCAGAGCUGGAAUACCACUAAUCCUAACAUCGAUCCCUAUGAUUCUUACGAUCCUUCUGUCUUGCGAGGCCCUCUGCUUGGCCACACAGAUGCAGUCUGGGGUCUAGCUUACAGUGCGGCCCAUCAGCGUUUGUUGUCCUGUUCAGCAGAUGGCACUCUUCGUUUGUGGAACACAAUGGAGGUUGCUCCAGCACUAAGUGUAUUUAGUGAUAAUCAAGAAUUAGGAAUCCCUGCCUCUGUGGAUCUUGUGAGCAGUGACCCGAGCCAUAUGGUAGCAUCGUUCAGCAAAGGAUAUACAAGCAUCUUUAACAUGGAAACACAACAACGAAUUCUCACUUUAGAAUCCAAUAUAGAUUCAACAUCUAGCUCUUCUUGCCAAAUAAACAGAGUUAUUAGUCAUCCUACUCUUCCUAUCAGCAUUACUGCUCAUGAAGACAGGCACAUCAAAUUCUUCGAUAACAAUACAGGCAAACUGAUCCACUCGAUGGUAGCCCACCUAGAAGCUGUUACGAGUUUAGCAGUUGAUCCUAAUGGCCUGUACUUGAUGUCUGGCAGUCAUGACUGUUCAAUACGUUUAUGGAAUCUUGAAAGUAAGACCUGUAUCCAAGAGUUCACAGCUCAUCGGAAAAAAUUUGAAGAAUCAAUUCAUGAUGUAGCUUUCCACCCAUCGAAAUGCUAUAUAGCCAGUGCUGGAGCCGAUGCACUAGCUAAAGUCUUUGUAUGACAAGAUACUUCAUCUUCACUUCUAGCUCUUUAUAAAUAAUCAACUGCACAAAAGAGAUAUAGAAGGAAGACCAGGGCAAGAAUCUACCCAUUUGUUCUGCUGAAGAAGCACAGAGAACAUUUGUUAAAGUAUAGUUUUGCAAUUUAUAAUACUGUUUGCUAAAGUUAAGGUUUGUUCAGGUUGCUGCAAGCUCAGCUGAAUCUGUGAGCCUGAAAACAGUUUCAGAUCCUCCCCGCUCCCCCAAAAAAGGCGCUUUAUUUCUCAAGUUGUCCUAAUUCGCUAGGCAAGCCUGAGCGAACACAGGUGUAGCUUGUCUCAUCCCUCCUCAAUAAACAGGGCAUGAUAUAAUGGUUAAUUAAAAGCUGAGUGGCUGAGAAUGAGUAAAGGAAGAGUAAAAAGUUAUAUUUAAUUCCCCCCCUGUGAAAUACUAUUAAGCGAAUUAGGUAGUCAAACUGUAACCUUUACUAUAACUGCUGUACUUAACCCCAUUGUCUACAGUGACCAGACAGUGUUGAAAUGAGUUUUUAAUUUAGCUCUUCUUGAAGCUCUUUGCAUAAAGCACGUACAAGGCAUUUUACCUUUUAGGAGGAAAAGAUAUUAAAUGUAUUAUUCAGAAGUGCUAAACACUUAGUUUUGCAAGCAGAUUUCUAUAUUGUAUUAUAGUUUUGACAAUAUACUGGAGACCCUAAAAUUCAACUGCCAGGCAUCACCAUUAUGAGGAAUAGUUGAUAGUAUCUGCUUUUACUACAAGAUUUAACUUAUUUGGAUUUGGAGUUCUGUUCUAAGGGCAAACAAGAAAUAUUUCUAAUAAUUCUAGUUUAAGAAAAUUCAUCUUAUUUACAUGACAGUUAUAACACCAAGGUUAUUAUUUCAUACUGAUAAAAUUUACCUUAAGUGACUGGAAAGGAAAUUAUUUACUAGUACUCAUUCGUCAACACCCACAUACCCACACUUCAGAUGAUCUCUGCUCUUUGUUUCACAUUUGUGUUAUCUUGACAGCUACCAAGCAGAAUUUGUAAUUGUUUUAUGUUAUAAUAGUCCAAAGAGUAUGGUUAACCUCAGGCAGUUUUUUUUUUUUUAGUAGUAGUACUAACUAAAGCAAAUGGUUGGUACUUUAGAAGUCCUCUAAACCUAAAGUUCUGAAAUCUAGAUGGAUGUGUUUAAUGCCUUAUCAUUGGCUAAAAAAAGGUCUUUUCUCCUUCACCCUUCCCUAAUGUUCAAUUGGAAUAUAUGUUUGAAUGGGCAGUGAAUCAAUAUUGUUUUUGGAUAAGACUAUGUGUUGAAAGGCCCAGUUUUAUUUUAUUUGGGACCCAAGUGAGUAAGCUUUGGGGAUUCUCAUGAUCCUGCUAUCUAGAACUACGAUUAUCAUGGCCCCUUUUCUUCCCUUCAAAUAAAAAAGAUCAAUAUAGGCAUUAAAUUAUUAGUGCUCAACAUUUGCCAAAAUGUAUAUACCAUAGGCUUCCAGUCUUUUAAAAGCCUAUAACCAUAAAUAUUUUAACUCAAUAGAAUAAGGCCUAUGUUUCUAUCCCCAUAUAUUCCAUUGUCAUAGCAGUAACACUUCUGAUACUAAGUACUUCUUUGAAGUGUUCUUCUGAUAUUGCAGAUAGUAAUUGACAAUAAUUCUUUUUUCAGUUUCUGCUAUCUGCUUGUAGAAUUUUGUAGUACACGGGAUUUUUUUUUUUUUUGCUAAAGUUAUAAGACCUGUGCUAAAUUUAUGCAUAUGUAAUAGAAACAUGCUCUAGUAUUUUGACACAACUGCUUUUUAAUCUUUGUGCUUUGGUUAACAAGCUGGCUUAAGAAACUGUGAUCAGGUGAAUUCACCUAAGCAUAAGUUACCAAGUGACUGUUUAUGUUUAUACGCAGAUAUGCAAUCUCACAUUUAAUUUGUAAAUUCCUUUCAGUUCUUCACAAAGUAAACAAAGAGAAUUGCUAACCUAAUAUUUCUACAACACUGGUAAAUUCCAGUCAGAUACCCUUACAUGGUAUAUUUACAAUGAAUAACCACAAAGCUACUAUUCUACAGCUUAUCGCUUUAAUGUCCUUCCAAAGUCUUCAUUGCCUACUUAUGUAACUGAAAUUCUGAAAAACCUCAUAUUUUAUUCUUUUUUCAUUUCAUGCCUCAUGUGCAGACUGUAGUCCAAAUGAUGUAAUGUUGAAGGUUCCUUAGAAAGCCAAUACGCCUUUCGAGAUUACAGAGAAAGAUUUUUUUCUACACUAACACUGUAUCAUCUCAGCCUAGAAGUGAGCCAGAGCUGUCUUCCAACCAGGUGGUAGCAUAUACAAGAAUCCUAAUUUUUCCCCUGACCCAUUGGAAAUUUAUUAAAUGAGCCUAUUCAAGAUCCAGUCAUUGCAGUUCUUCCAUAAUGCUUGACUUGUAAAUAGUCUGGAUGAAAUGUAUUGGAAUACUAUGAGAAUCAGCAGGUGGUCUGGACCCCUGCCUUAUUUUCACAUGCUGUGGAUGUACCUCUUGGAGCUUGCAGCACCCUUUUCAAAACUCAGCUGUCAUGUGGAGCUCAUUUGCUACUCAUCCCGUAGACAGAUAUUUAACAUAAUUAAUAUAAUGACCUUCAGUAUUUUUCUAUUGAACAAGUUUAGCAAUUUUUGCCAUUAAGCAAAUAGUUAUGCAAAGUAUUUAGCUUUUAUAAUCAUUUUAGUUAUGACUAAAGGGGGAAAAUUGAGCUGUAACACUGAUAAUGAACUUUGUGAGAAAUUUUUGUUAUCUGACUUUUCAUUCCUUCAGUAUUCUUGCUAUAAUUUUUUUUGGAGAUAAUGAUGAAGAUUUAUUUGAAAAUGUCUAAAAUGUAUGUAUAUUUUAUAAAUAUAUAUUAUAUAUAUUAUAGGGAUAUAUAUAAUAUAUAUAGACUAUAUAUAUAAACCAUAGGUGCAUUUUACUGUUUUGUAUUUUCAUUUUGGAGAUAGUGUACACAGCAGAUAAUGAUGAGUAUGACAAGUGUUGUGCUGUUUGCUUUUGCAGUAUAAUAUAUAGUUCAAAAUGUUUAAAUUACUGUAUAUACUAUACUUGUUAUAGGCUAGCAUGCUUGUUUUAAAGAUUGUCAUUCUAGUUUAUUAAAAUCUGAAUGUAAGAAAACCUGGCUAUUCAAAUGUGAAUUGAAAAAUAUUCCAUUCUCAGUACUGAACUAUCCAUUGAGCAUUCAGGCUUUGUAACAAAAUAUAUAUCAUCUGGAAGGCAAUAGCUAGAAAAUGAGAGGUGCCUUUAAAAAAAACAAACAAAUGCAGCCUUACAGUGAGAAUGAAAAUUGAAUUUGUGAAGGUGUUGGGAGGAAGUACAGAGAGACAGAGAGAGAAAGUAAGAGCAUGUGUGUGUGUGUUGUGUGUGUGUUUGCCAAUCUGUGAAGGUCCUGAUUUGUGGCCAUCAAUGUCUUUUUAAUGUGUCUGCUCCACCUCUAAGACUUCAGGGGACAUUUCAUGCAGUUUUUAUGCUCUUCUGAGCACCAUUAUAUAUUUUCCAAGAAUUUUGAAUGUGAAUUCCUAGAUAUUUCAGUAGA